AUGUCAGUGGGAAGGUUCUCGACUGAGCUGGACGACAGGGAGUCCAAAAGAACCAGAAUGAUUCCCACGCCCUUAAUCGGGUUCUCGGAAGAGGACAAACAAGGAACCCUUCAACCCCACGAUGACGCCCUAUUCGUCACUCUCAGAAUUGGAGGUUAUGACGUGAAAAUGGUGUUAGUUGAUCAAGGCAGCGCCGUGAAAGUAAUGUACCCUGACUUGUGUAAAGGGUUGAACUUGAAGCCAAAAGACCUGUCGCCGUACGAUUCCCCUCUGGUCAGCUUUGAAGGAAAAACAAUCACCCCGAAAGGCAUGAUUAGGCUACCUGUGCAAACAGACUCAGACGUGGUAGAAGUGAACUUCAUUGUGGUAGAUGCGUACUCCCCCUACACAGCUAUCGUGGCCCGACCGUGGCUUCAUGCACUAGGGGUUGUGCCAUCAACCUUGCACCAAAAAGUGAAGUAUCCGUCAGGAGGUCAAGUCAAAGAAAUAAUAGGGAACCAAGGAAUGGCUAGGCAAUGCAUGGUGUCGGCAAUCUCACGACGACAGAAUAGUGAACCUUCCACUUCAGCCGAGAAUAGCUUAUAG